GGAAAGGGAGGGAGGGAGUCUGAGGAGUUUCACUGGAGGACUUUUGCCUUCCUCGUGCACAGGCUGCCGGAUCAUGUUACCAACAGAAAGGAAACAAGCUGGAGCGAGGGCCAUGUUGUGCUCUGACUGAACACUCGCGCUUUGUCACCGGCGCCCGAAUGGGGCUUUGUUGGUUCAACGUCUUCCUUUAGAUGCUCUGCUCUGUGAAAGUCAACACUGCGCCCCGUCCUCGUCCUCUCCGGGGACCUCAGACUUCCUUGAGGGCGCGCAAACGUCCAAGAUGCCCACCAGCUUCACCGUAGUCCCGGUGGAGGACGCGGAGGACGGCGGGGGCAGCGUGGCUGCGGCCGGAGGCGGCAGAGCCGUCAGUCUGGGCAGAAUCUUUGGGGAAAAAGACGAGGAGAACCUGCAGGAGAGUCCUUCAGAUGAUGAUGGCCAAAGAGAAUCUGCUCCAUUUAUCAACUCUGACAAUGACGAUGAACAGUAUUAUGAGGGCCAAAACAUGGCUCUGUUUGAGGAGGAAAUGGACAGUACGCCCAUGGUGUCAUCCCUCCUCAACAAGCUGGCCAACUACACCAACCUGCCCCAGGGCGUUCGUGAGCAUGAGGAGGCAGAGUAUGCGGAUGGCAUCAAGAAGGUCACCGUCUCGAUCCCACCAAUGGGAACCUUCAUAGGAGUCUACCUGCCGUGCAUGCAGAACAUCCUUGGAGUGAUACUUUUCCUGCGUCUCACCUGGAUCGUUGGUACAGCAGGAAUCCUGGAGUCCUUCGCCGUUGUCUUCAUGUGCUGCAUCUGCACGUUUCUCACAGCCAUAUCCAUGAGUGCCAUCGCAACCAAUGGUGUUGUCCCAGCUGGUGGGUCGUACUACAUGAUCUCCAGAUCUUUGGGUCCAGAGUUUGGAGGAGCCGUCGGCCUCUGUUUCUACCUGGGCACCACCUUUGCUGGAUCCAUGUACAUACUGGGUACCAUAGAGAUUCUGCUGAUAUACAUUAUUCCAACUGCAAAAGUGUUUAAUGAAAGCGAAAAUGAACCAAUGUUCAACAAUAUGCGCGUGUAUGGCACCUGCUGCCUGUUUCUGAUGGCACUGGUAGUGUUCGUAGGAGUAAAGUAUGUGAACAAACUGGCUCUAGUGUUUCUGGCCUGCGUGAUUCUCUCUUUAUUGGCCACUUAUGCAGGAGUCAUCAAGACCCUCAUCGCACCCCCUGAUUUUAGUGUCUGUCUUUUGGGGAACCGCUCUCUGAAAAAUGAACCUUUUGAUACAUGUGCAAAGAUGGAGGUUGUGAACAACAUCACUGUGGCCACCAGCCUCUCGUCCCUCUUCUGCAAUGGUCAACAUGCCAACGCCACCUGCGAUGAAUACUUCACUUUAAACAACCUGACAGAAAUACCGGCCAUACCAGGGCUUCGUAGUGGGGUCAUCAAAGACAACCUGUGGAGCAACUAUGGUAAAGCAGGCAUGCUUAUAGAGAAGGAAAACCUGGCUUCAGAACCAGCCCAGAGUUCCGUCAAUGUGACUGAUAUGCCAUUUGUCUUCAACGACAUCGCCACCUGCUUCACUAUACUGGUGGGAAUAUAUUUCCCUUCAGUCACAGGUAUAAUGGCUGGCUCUAAUAGAUCUGGUGAUCUAAGAGAUGCGCAGAGGUCGAUUCCAGUAGGAACCAUAAUGGCUAUUCUCACCACCUCUUUCAUUUACAUUUCCUGUGUGGUUCUGUUCGGAGCUUGUAUUGAAGGUGUUGUGCUGAGAGACAAGUUUGGUUUCUCACUGAAGAAGACCCCAGUGAUCGGGGCUCUGGCCUGGCCGUCACCCUGGUUGAUUGUGAUUGGCUCCUUUUUCUCUUGCUGUGGGGCAGCCCUUCAGAGCCUUACCGGUGCCCCUCGACUGUUGCAGGCCAUCGCUCGGGAUGGCAUCAUUCCGUUUUUACAGGUCUUUGGGAGUGGGAAGGCUAACGGCGAGCCCACCUGGGGUCUACUGCUGACCGUUGCCAUCUGUGAGAUAGGCGUCCUCAUUGGUUCUCUGGAUGCUGUGGCCCCCAUCCUCUCCAUGUUCUUCCUCAUGUGCUAUCUAUUUGUCAACUUGGCCUGCGCUGUUCAAACAUUGCUCCAUACCCCCAACUGGCGACCCCGUUUUAAAUUCUACCACUGGGCCCUGUCCUUCUUAGGAAUGAGUCUGUGCGUCUCCCUCAUGUUUAUCUCCUCCUGGCUCUACGCCCUGGUUGCCAUGGUGAUAGCUGGCUGUAUCUACAAGUACAUUGAGUACAGGGGGGCAGCUAAGGAGUGGGGAGAUGGCAUCCGAGGCCUUUCCCUGAAUGCAGCUCGCUAUGCGCUUCUCCGGUUAGAGGAGGAACCACUGCACACCAAGAACUGGAGGCCUCAAGUGCUGGUGCUGUGUAAGCUGAACCCGGACCUGGCCAUAAAACACCCCCGUCUCCUGUCUUUCACGUCUCAGAUCAAAGCGGGGAAGGGGCUGACCAUCGUCUGCUCAGUCCUCGAGGGCACGUACAUGACCCGAGGCAAAGAUGCCAAAACCGGAGAGCAGAAGUUGAGAGCCGCCAUGGCUGCAGAACGGACCAAGGGUUUUUCCCACGUGGUGGUGUCAUCCAACCUGCGAGAUGGUUUCUCUCUGCUCAUCCAGUCAGCAGGACUGGGAGGAAUGAAGCACAACACUGUACUGAUGGCCUGGCCAGCUGCAUGGAAACAAGCCCAGGACUCCUCCUCGUGGAGGAAUUUCAUAGAGACAGUGAGAGAGACAACGGCAGCACAUCAGGCUUUGCUGGUUGCCAAGAACAUCGACAUGUUUCCCAGUAACCAGAAGCGUCUGUCAGAGGGAACCAUUGACGUGUGGUGGAUUGUACACGAUGGCGGACUGCUCAUGCUGCUGCCAUUUCUACUGAGACAGCACAAAGUAUGGAAGAAGUGCAAAAUGAGAAUCUUCACAGUAGCACAGAUGGAUGACAACUCCAUCCAGAUGAAGAAGGAUCUUCAGAUGUUUCUCUAUCAGCUGCGACUGGAUGCAGUGGUGGAGGUGGUAGAGAUGCACGACAGUGACAUCUCAGCCUUCACAUAUGAGAAGACGCUGGUAAUGGAGCAGAGAUCCCAAAUGAUUAAACAGAUGCAUCUGUCUCGCACUGAGAGGGAGAGAGAGAUUCAGAGCAUCUCAGACGUGUCACGCGGCUCCGUAAAGAAGAAGAAGUCGUCCGGUGACGACGGCCGUUCCCCCAACGCGCCGUGUGUUCCAAAGGAUGAGGCCCAGCUGAUUCAUGACCGCAACACGGCCUCUCACUCUGCCAUGAACGACAGAGCUGCAGCCGCCACGCCGGAUCGCGUCCAUAUGACCUGGACCAAAGAUAAACUGGUGAACGAGAGGAGCAAACACAGAGAAGCCAUGCCGCUCAAAGAUGUGUUUAACAUGAAGCCUGAGUGGGAGAAUCUCAGCCACUCCAACGUGCGGAGGAUGCACACGGCCGUGAAGCUCAACGAGGUAGUGGUGAAGAAAUCCUGCGAGUCACACCUGGUCCUCCUCAACAUGCCAGGUCCACCCAAGAACAAGAAAGGGGACGAGAACUAUAUGGAGUUUCUGGAGGUGCUGAUGGAAGGCUUGGAUCGCGUCCUGUUGGUCCGUGGAGGAGGUCGAGAGGUGAUCACCAUCUACUCCUAAUACCCAAAUGUUUUCAGUUGUUUUGAAGCACACUGGAAGGAAGCAGUCAGACAGAGGGGCGUCCAGAGGAGGAGCGGAGGCAGCGUCUGAGGAAGGAUGUGCACACAGUGCCCUGCUUCACAAAGCAGCAGCACGAUGCUUAAAGGUCUGUGGGCUGUAACGGACAGAAGUGUCCCUCAGGAUGACAGUCUUGAACUUUCCCUGGAUCCAUGUUCAUAUCACUUCACUUGGAGGAACAACACUUGUUAGUUGUGCUGGUUUGCUAAUACGCAUGUUACUUUUAAUGAGCAAUACAAGAAAACCACAGCUGACAAUGACGUCGUUUAUUCUGGCACCAGGAAGAGGAAACUUUGGAUUCAUGAGCCUGGUCCAAUAUUAGAACAAAAGGUUAUGAUUGGAGCUGAUGGACAACUAUUUUAGUAGGCUGCCCUGUCUGUAAGUCAGACCAUAUUCAUGUUGGCAAUUUGUGAGAAACUAUUUUAAUGCCACAUUGACAUUAACUGUAAUCAGAAACAGAUGAAGAUAAUGAGCUGCUGUGCAUGUAGUCAAGUUAGUUUUGUAGCCAUGUUGCGUUGCGUUAGUUGUGUAUGUAUAGAUUCCUUUCUCUUGUUUGUUUUUUUUAUUAGAGCAUACAGUAAAAUGGUGUCGUAACUAGGCAGUUUGCACUAACUGUUAUGUACAAUAGGAGAUUUUUAAAUCUGCAGCAGAUACAUUUAUUGCCAAUGCGCUGAUGAUAAUGUGUGAUGAACUAACUAAAGCAGCCAAUCAGGAACCUUCCAUAGACAUAUUUCACUGUGAUUGAGACCAGGACUAUCUGAACACACUGUAUUGGUUCAUGUUUUAAAAGAUGUUCUGCAUUCAUACUGUACCUGUACUCGAUGACCAAGACAAUUCAGUGUCUUCUACUUGAACACCCAAAAUUUCCACAUGCACUUUUGUCGAUUUUAUAUAUAUAUAUAUAUAAAUGUAUUGCAUAAACAAAACCCAUCAUUGGCAGCAGCACUGGCUGUUGUGCUGUUUCAUUGUGGAUAAUGUGCAGCAUCACACAUUGUCCCUUUGAAUGGAACUUUGUCAUGAAAUUUUAUGUAAAUACUUUCUGUUCGAAUUUGGCUUUUAAAUAAAAAAAUUCAAAUACAAUAAACAA